AGCGAGCCUCGGACUCCCACCGCUGACUGGCCAAUAAGAGCCGACGGUGCCCUCGCCUCCCUGAAGUGGGUGAGAAAGGGGCGGGGAAACGGAGGCGCUCACGAGGCUCACACAUAGACGGAGAGAGUGGGAAGGGUGCGCGCAUCGGCCGUCCGGUGUCACGAGCAGAGCGGAGGGUGACAGAGCACCGAGCCCGGAGGACACAGGAGACACAGCCAGGCCCCGGGGCAGCCAGCAGGAGAUCUUUUCUGCUGCCAGGAGAGCAUGCACCCAAUGCCUCUGAUAAGAACUUCAUUUAUUUCUGGUGAGUGAUCCAACUAACUUGAGUAGAGCACUCGGAGAUCCCAAGUGUUGGUGAGCUGACCUUUGAAGACACCCACGUGUAGUACAAAGAAAGGUUCCUGCCUGGAUCAUGGAGACAUUAAGACGUUUAUACGUUGGUGGGAUUAGUCCUUUGGUCACCAAAGCUGAGCUUGAAGAUAGAUUUGGGAAGUUUGGAAGAAUUGAUGACGUGGACAUCGUAUGCAGAAAAGAUGUGCAAGGAAACCCUAUAAAGACAUUUGCUUACCUGAAUAUCAACAUUUCAGACGUGGACCUGAAAAAAUGCAUAUCUCUUCUGAACAAGACAAAGUGGAAAGGAGGAAUAUUAGAAAUUGAAAAAGCGAAGGAAAGCUUCUUACACAGGCUUUCAAAGGAGAGACAAGAAGCCAAGGAGGAGGAAGGAGCCAAUAUUGCACCAUGUUUACAAAAUGACAUGGUUCUGUCUUUAGAGAAGGCUGGAGUCACAGACUUCCUGAUGAAAUCUGCUGUACCGGGCACUGAAGUGCCAAACCACAAGAAUUGGGUGGUGAGCAAGUUUGGAAGAGUCCUACCUGUUUUACAUUUAAGUGGAAAAAAUCAAAGCAAAACCAUGAAAUAUGACCCAUCAAAAUAUUGUCAGAACAUUAAAAAAAUUGAGGACACUUUUAAACUUGUACCAGUUUCCCAGUUGACUUCGCAGCUAGAAGGAGGAGAUGAUGAAAUUAGUAGAAAACGCAGAGGGGAUUUUCCAAACCUAAUGCCUCCUCGGAAAAAAAAGGCCGUAAUUCCACCUAUAAGUGGUGGCUACAAUGAUACAGAAACGGAUCAAAGAAAUCCUCCUUUAGCACCUAUACAAACUGCUGAAAGGCAGUCUAAUACAAAAGAAAAACCUCUGCAUUUACAGAACGGCAGCAUCAACCGCAUGACUGAUGAAUAUGACACUGAUGAAGAGCUCCAAUAUGUUCUUAAAAGAGAGGCUGCAACAAGAGGAACUGUUAAAUAUGCUGAAGAUUGUAGUAUAGAGGUAGUAGAUGACUCUUCUGGUUACAUGAUGGCACACUGGACAAAACAGAAAGCUACACCAAAGACUGAUUCUACCUGUAAUGGACAAGAUGCCAGUGAUAAUGAUUCUGUUAAUACUGACGAAAUAAUCAGUGUUGCAAAAACACUCCAGAAAAAGUGUAAUCCUUUAAAAACAAAAGCCGAAACUGUAAAACAAGUAAAAAUACAAAAGUGUAAAGAGGGGUCCACGUUUUCACAUGGAACAAAAGAUGAAUGCAAAUCCGCGGAUAUUGAGAUGAGCAAGUCGGAAUCGGACAGUGAAACUGGUGAUUCUGAAAACGACGGCAGUAGUUCUUAUUCAGAUGAAGAAUAUACAGCUAUGAUGCAGAACUGCAUAAAACUGGAUUUGACAAUCGGGGAUUUAAAAACGCUGGCAAAAGAAGCUAUUGAAUAUGAGAAUGAGGAUAAAACUGAGAAUAAUAGUGAAUAUGACAAUGAUGAUAUCAAUUCAAAACACAGUGAUGAUGUUGCUGAAAAUCCGCUGACUUCGGGAUCUGAAAUACCUACUCUAGAGAAGAAACAAAAUGCUAAACGGUCAUCAGCAGGCAUUAAAAAAAAAAAGAAUACUGAAAACAUGCAAAGAGUGUUGGAAUCAGGCAGCCAGGGUAACGGUGAUGAAUCCGACAGCAGUAGUUCUGAUUUUGAGGAGCAUUAUGAGCCCAUAAAUAUAAACGGCCAUAGAGAGAAUGUUAAAACUGAAGCACUAAAACCAAAAUCACCCGUAGCAUCGCAGUGUCUAGUGAACCAUGAACUGAAAAAAAGCGCUCAGGGUAAAAAAGGAGACGGCAACAAAAACGGGAACCUAGGAAUUGAAAAUGUUAAGGCAAAGAGAGGCAUAGAGCCAGAUGAUAUAGUAGCUUCUAUUUUAGAAUGUGAUGUUACCAAUUGGCAAUCAAAUAAAAAAAAGAACGAUACUCCAGUGAAACCUCCAGCAUUUAAAGGCCUGAGUUCAGUAUUGGCUUCAGCUACAACAGCAAAUUCAGUGUUUGGUUCAUCUGCAAUCUCCAGUGUUGAGGAUGCAGCUGUUACAGAAACUAGCAAUGACCGAAAGCAAAGUGGUUGCGGUAGUAAACAAACAAAGCAAGCAGAAAGACCAGAACCAUUCAGAGAUUCCAAAUUGGUAUCGCUUGAAGCAAAGUCAAAAAUUAAAAGUGGCAGCAGUGAUAUUAGUGAGAAGUGCAACAGUGGCUUAAGCAGUACCUCUUCAUCAUUUGCUAAACCCAGUAUCUCUCGGAUUGAUACAGCAAAGGAUAAGACUACUCUAGAAGUCAAACAGAAGCAAGAUAACCAGAAGCGCUUGGAAGCAAUGGGGGAGCGAAGAAAAGAGCUUGAACUGCAGAAACAAAUCAUUAAAGGUGCUCUGCUGAAACUGGACUCUACGUGUUCAAAAAAGAGCCAGCAUGUUGUGUUUGAUUCUGAUUCUGCAAGUGAUGAGGAAGCAAGUACCAGUGAGAAAAAAAGCAUAUUUGCUCACAAGAAAGCAGAUCCGAGCACAUCUAAGCUAUUCAAUAGCAGUGAUGAGGAAGCAAGUACCAGUGAGAAAAAAAGCAUAGUUGCUCACAAGAAAGCAGAUCCGAGCACAUCUAAGCUAUUCAAUAGCAGUGAAGAAGAUUCUGAUGGUGAUGAGAAAGAAGAUAAUCAAAGAUUUGACAUCAAAGCUCAAUAUGAAGGGAGGUCUGGUAUGAAGCUUAUGCAGUUGCAAUCCUGCUUUGGAACAGAUGACCGAUUCAAAAUGGACUCCCGAUUUCUAGAGAGCAACAGUGAGGAUGAAGAAGCCUUAGAGGCACAUAAUUCCACGGUAGAUGCACAGGAUGAUCUAUCUGCUGAAAAGAAGAAAAACCUUGGCAUCUUGCAGAGUAUUCUAAACAUUAACGUGGAGCCACAGCCUGCAAGAAAACAGAACGCCAAAGGCAAACAAUUCAAAGAUCUGAAUUCCCUUCAUUUUGAUCCUGAAAAGAAGGACCAUGCAACAUUUGAAACAAAAGCAGGGGAGAGAGAACGCAAAUCUGAGAGAAAGAAAAAGAAACUAGAAGCAGAAAAGCUACCGGAUGUCUCCAAAGAAACCUUUCAUGAGAUAAACAUGGAUUUUAGAGAAGUGUUUGGAGCCUCAAAGACUCAAACAACAAAGGGGGAGCAGACAACAUGGGACCAAGAGGUAGAACCAGAGAAGGAAACGCAGAAGUCAAGUGAGCUUUUAAGCUUACAAAGCAAGAACACGGAGGAACCUGUAGAAUUCACAUUUUCAUUUUUUGGGAACACCACUGAAGAGAGUACAUCUAAUAGUGAUCCCUACAAGACUAAGACAAUCAAAGCAGCUAAAGUGGCAUGGCAGGAAGAUCCCAGAUUCCAGGACAGCAGCUCCGAAGAUGAGGAGGAGACCUCUUUAGUUAUAGAAAACAAAACAAGUACACAACCAGAUAAGAUUGCCAUUCGUUUUUUCUUUGUGAAAGAUGAUGAACGAUUAAAAACUGGUCCAACAAUGUUCUUCCGGUCAUCCAAUACAGAGCAAGAAGUCUGGGAAGAGAGAAAAGACUUCCUUCUAGAGGAAUGCAGGAAGAGACACAAGGAUGCUAAAAGGAAAACAAAAGCAAAGAAUUAGGACUGGAUCAAAAAUUGGAAAAAAAAUAUUUUGCUUCUGGGUUGUAUUUCUCAAUCCCUUAAAUUUAUUUUUUAUUUUUUAUUGCUACCCAAUAAAGAGAUGGGAGUGUAUAUCCCAGUUACUCCAAAGC